GAUGUGCUGGUAGCUGUAGAUCCAGGUACACAGUAACUGAGGAUUGACCACAAUGGCUAGCAAUCCGGAGCCCGCCACCGAUGCCAUCCAGUCUUACUGUGAGGCGGUGAAGCGCAGAGUGGAGACAAGCACUGGGAAGAAACAUGAUGUCUACACAGCAAAAACCUACAUCAGUAAACCUGGGGAUCAAAUCAUCUACAUGGUUAAGGUUCAUGUUGGUGGAGACAAUUACUAUCAUCUGAAGCUGACGAGGUCCUCCGCUGGACAUUUGUAUAAAGUGCAACUGCUCUCUCUCCAAACUGGCAAGAGGCUGAACGAUCCACUUCAGUUGUGAGAUACGGGAGGUCGCGUCCAGCUCUGUCAGCUGCUGCACCCAAACAUGCUCUGCUUUCAAAUCCAUCUGAAAAUAAUAACACUUGUCUUUUAAAGUCUUGCAAAGGAAAAUAAAAAAAUUAUAAAAUUCUG